CCCCCAAUAAAAACGGAUACCGUCGGAAAGGGAACUUUAAAUUUUGAGAUUUUUUUUUUUAAGUUUGGAAGUUCCCAUUUCAUGAUCAUUCAAUUUUUUUUUUUUUAACUUGACCCAUUUUUUCCCCUUCUCUCUUCUUGUUCCAUCAAUAUGAUCAUCAUUGAUAAUGUUAAAUAUGCGUGUAUCACAUGUAUCAAGGGUCACCGUUCUUCACAAUGCACACAUAAAGAUAGACAACUCUUACCCAUUCGACCUAAAGGAAGACCUGUCAGUCAGUGCGAACGGUGUCGCGAACAACGACUCAGCAGUAAAGUUCAUCAAAAAUGCGUUUGUUCCAGGAAAAAAACGGCCAUCGAUAAGAAAACCUUGAGAAAGAAGCCAUUCAGUGCGCGCCAAAUGAUGGCAAUUGAAGCCCUACUCUUGUAAAUAUUUCGACUGCGCGAAAAAAACAAAACAAAAAAAAGAAAAAAAAACAUUAGCAUUACAUCCUGUUAUUUAGUUACGUUAUCCCCGAGUCUUUCUCUUGUCUAUUUUAGAUGGCGUAAAAUUUGAUAUUAUACGUUCUUCAUUUUUCAUACCAGCCUAUCCUUGAAUAUCAUUAAAAAUACCGUCAUGCAAAACAAAACUGCCGUGCUGUUGCGACGGACCAAUUCAUCAUCACCGGCACGACAGGCGCCAGGACCAAAGUUACCUAUCCAAAAAAGAGAAAAAUUGCCGCGUUGGCACCCCACCCCCUCACACUAAACGAAUCUCCCGCUUCCGG